AUGGCCACACAAACCAUGACGCUCCCAGCGGAGCGCUCGACUCUGUACUACUACUUGGAGGUGAAAGAUGGCGGUAUUAUCCAAACCUAUCCUGGCACGGCAUUCGAGAAACGCAGAAAACACGUCCCUUACCAGAUGAACAUCCAGGAUCUGCGUUCCGUGCAGAACGACUUUACUCUGGAUAAGAAUGGAUUCCAGCUGGUUCCGAAUAUACGCCUGGGCGAAGACCAACUUGAGAAGGAGACAAUUGAGCGAGUGUAUUAUCCUGAAUGCGAGAAGCUUAUGAAGAAGCUUACUGGUGCUGAUCAUGUGCAUUUCGUGUCGCACAUGACUCGGCGGCACAGAUUUGAUGAAGCACAAUCAGAUGCUGCAGCGAAGAAGGACACCGACUUCGUCACCAAGAACAAUCCUGCUCGUUUCGUCCAUGUCGACCAGUCAUACCGUGGGUCCGAGCAGAUCCUCUUUCUCAACCUGCCUGAGGAGGAGGCUGAACGUCGGAUCAAGAAACGAUGGGCGAUCAUGAAUGUGUGGCAGCCAAUUGUCCGUGAUGUCAAACGCGACCCUCUGGCUUUUUGCGAUUUCCAAACGGUUGAUGAGAAGGACUUCCGCACCGUUGUUGCCAAUCUGCCCCCACCAGGUGCUGGUGAGUAUGGAAACGUUUCGAAGAAUCUCGGCCACAAGGCGCGCGCCGAGUACUCAUCAAACGGAGACAACGCUGCUCGCUACGAGGUCACAAACAUGGCACACAACCCUAAUCAGAGAUGGUACUACGCCAGCAACAUGACGCCAGAAGAGGCUUGGGUGUUCAAGAUCUUCGAUUCAAAGAACGAUGGUCGUGCAAAGUGUGCUGUUCAUUCAUCGUUUCCGCUGGAGAAUCAGGAAGACGCAGGUCCACCGCGUGAGAGCAUUGAAGUCCGUAUGUUCUUAUUCUGGGACAAUGAGGAGGCAGAGUAA